AAUGCAGCACAGCUCUGAAGCUUGGUGGUCAGGUGACCAGCAGCAGGCAGCCUCGUAUCGGCUACUCCACCUCUAUAGCUCCGAUGUCGGAGGUGUUUAUGGCCGGAAGAGAUGGACUCUGGCAAUGCACGAAUUUGAUCCGUCAGACAGCCGAUCAGCUGAGUCCGUGAAUGGCGCCAAAACAGGACCCUAAACCGAAAUUUCAAGAAGGUGAAAGAGUCCUGUGCUUUCAUGGCCCAUUGCUCUACGAAGCAAAGUGUGUAAAGAUCAGCAUUAAGGAAAAGCAGAUAAAAUACUUCAUUCAUUACAGCGGAUGGAACAAAAACUGGGAUGAAUGGGUUCCUGAAAGCAGAGUUCUCAAAUAUGUGGACAGCAAUCUUGCGAAACAAAAAGAGCUUCAAAAGGCCAAUCAGGACCAUUAUGUCGAGGGAAAGAUGAGGGGUUUAACACCGAGUAAGAAGAUUGCUGCUGUGCAGCAGAAAAAUGUGGAUCUGAAAGUAAAAAAGGCAAAACAAAAGACCCCAGGGCCGGGUGAAGGCACCAGCAGCACAGAACCCCCCCAGGGACCUCGGAAGAAGAGGGCCCGGGUCGAUCCGACUGUGGAGAGUGAGGAUAUGUUUACUAACCGUGUGGAAGUAAAAGUGAAGAUUCCAGAGGAGCUGAAGCCCUGGUUAGUCGACGACUGGGAUCUAAUUACCAGACAAAAACAGCUGUUUCAUCUGCCUGCUCAGAAGAACGUAGAGAACAUCUUAGAGGACUACGCAAACUACAAGAAAUCAAAAGGAAACACUGACAAUAAGGAGUAUGCGGUCAGUGAAGUGGUGGCAGGGAUUCGUGAGUAUUUCAACGUGAUGCUGGGCACACAGUUGCUGUACAAGUUCGAGAGGCCGCAGUACGCCGAGAUCCUGGCGGAGCAACCGGACAUGUCCAUGUCACAGGUUUACGGAGCUCCACACCUGCUGCGUCUCUUUGUCCGUAUCGGAGCCAUGCUGGCCUACACUCCUCUGGAUGAGAAGAGUCUGGCGUUGCUGCUCAGUUACCUCCAGGAUUUUCUCAAGUACUUGGCGAAGAAUUCCUCCAGCCUGUUCACUGCCACUGACUAUGAGGUCGCUCCUCCAGAGUAUCACCGUAAGGCUGUCUGAGUGCUCCCAGAAUACAGCGAUUCCGCUGAAGCAUGUCAACCUCUCCUUCCCAAACACUUGUAAACUUCUGAGGGCAGAGAUUUUCCAACUGAACUGAUCUGCCUUCCCCGGAGAGAUCGCCACAGCUUGUCACCACCGCAGGAGUCAAAUGUGUGACAUCUUUGCUAAAUUCAACUCCAUUUCUUUUCCCUGUCUUUGUUAUUUUCAUCUCACUUUUAAGAGACAAAAAAAAAAAAGAUUUCUUCCUAAACGCUGCUGUCUGUGAGCAGCUUUUGGAUCUUCUACUAGGUUCCAUCUAAUUUGUUAGUGCUGCAUGAGGAUAUUUAUAAAUGUUUCUUUCUCUUGUCACAUUUGGUGCAUUUAAUGCUGGACCACGUAUCAUUGUUGAGUGGACAAUGUUUUUGUAUUUUGUGUAUUUGUACUCAUUUGUUUAAGAAGUAAAUAAAAUGUUUUUUUACACACA